UCCACUCCCGCCCAGACACACACCUCAACUGUGUAUCAACACAUCUAGAUCCACUUUCACAUUCGCAUUCAUACCAAUAGAUACCCGCCAUCUCACCCAUAUCAUAUCGCUCACACUCUCUCUUGCACGCAGCACAAACAUGUUCCAUAAUCAUCCCAACAAUAUUAAAACUGAAACAGAUAGAUAACGCCAGAUCAGAUUCGCACUAAUCCGGUACUAUCUACAUGUGUUUGACGUCCGCCAUGUCUCAGAUGCAUGUCUAAUGUCUGUAUGUAUGGAUGUAUUGUCUCGCUGGCGGACAGGCUGUGUCACAAGAACAUCUCGCCUGAUCGUCAUAUUCACAUGUACUGUUCCUGUAGUCUUCAUGCUGUGGAACAUAUGCAUACAUACGUACAUUCAUACCUUCACAUGUGCAUAUAUGUAUGUACACAUAACACAUCUACGUCAACUCAAGAGUCACACCAUCCAUACCAUCCCAAAUCCCUCGUCUCGAAACACACGAACUCCAGGCGCUCUGCACUUAGUGGUACGUACCUAAUGUACCCGUACCGUAUCGCGAACAACGGGAAUCCCAAACCCAGGCACGACCACCAACCGGACCUCCCACGCCUCUCCCACGCCCACGUUUUUUCCCUCCCACGCUCGCCACCACCACUACGUUCGCUCUGCCAGCCACGCACGCCACGCGCAACUCCUCUCAUCCCUACCCCUACCCUUUUACCUUUGCCCUUUGCCUUCCAUUGCCCGGCCGUCAUGCAAAUCCAAAUUUCCCUUCCAAAAAGUUUUUCCAUGAUCUUCCCUUCGAGAAAAAAAGAUAAACGCCUACUGUUGAUCUAACCUAACCCAAUCCCUGCACUAAGGGAAAUGGAAGAAAAAAUAUAUCUCGGGCCGAGAGGCCUAGGGCAGAAUUGCAGGACCCACCGCACCGCACGCGUAACAGUAGGAGUGUGUGUGGAUGUGAUAUUGUUGUGCCGAACGUUUCGGA